GGAGGCAGAGUUGAUCUCCUCACUCCUUGGCUUGAACGCAGGUUGAACACAGAGCAAGAUGGAAGAGGAAAAAAUAGAGCUUAACGAGAGGAACAAUGCAGCGCAGCUCAAAACGGCGGCCCACCCCCCAGGCAGGUUCGAGAGGUUGAUCCAGCCCUGUCUCGCUGAGCUGGUGGGGACCACGUUUUUUGUCUUCAUCGGUUGUGUGUCAGUGAUCGAGAAUUUGGAGGCAGCGGGCAGGCUGCAGCCCGCCCUGGCACACGGCUUGGCGGUGGCAGUGAUGGUGGCGUGCAUGGCAGAGAUCAGUGGGUCUCAUUUCAACCCUCCCUUCACCAUUGCCAUCUUCCUGUGUGGAGGCAUGGAACUGGUAUUAGUUAUCCCAUACCUCGUCUGCCAGCUUCUUGGAGGUGUGCUUGGUGCUGCCAUGUCAAAGGUUAUGACAUCAAAGGCAAAGUAUAUGAAUGCCACUGGUGCAGCCUUUACCAUUCUACAGUCACAUGACCAACUCGGGGAGGUUUUUUUCGCUGAACUGGCCAUGACCUGUCUGGUGACAAUGGUGGUGCUGCUUGGAGCAGUUAAUGGGAAAAGCAAGAGUCCCCUGGUGCCUUUCAUGGUGGGCUGCACUGUACUCUUCAACAUCCUGGCAGGAGGGGACGUGUCUGGCACCUGCUUGAACCCAGCAAGAGCUUUUGGACCAGCACUAUUGACCAAUUACUGGGCUUAUCACUGGGUAUACUGGGUUGGGCCUAUUGGUGGAGCUUUAAUAGCUGCAGCUCUUGUAAGGUUUCUGCUUGGAGAUGAGAAGACCCGCAUUAUAAUGAAGUAACACACCAGGAUCAUUUUUAAUGUAACAAAGGUUAUUUCAUAAAAAUACUAGCUUGUUCUAUUAGUAGAUGAAUCAAGAUAUAUUAUUCUCAGUGCAUUUGUUGCAGAUACAAUACUCUCCUUAUAUCUUAAUAAUAUUUUCUUCUGUUUUCCUCCGUAGACGCUCUAGGGGUAUAAGAGGUAGACGUGCACGUGCAGUGUAGCAUGGACUAAGCGCAUUUACUAUGCAUAUUUACUUAUAUACUAAGAAUGUGUAGUUUUGUGACAGACGUCACAGCCAUUUUGUGAUUAAUGCAACUGAUAUAUAAGAUAAUAUAUUGGUACUUUACAGAUGGCAAAUACACCGUGAUAUAUAUUUUACAUAUUAUACAUCAUAUACAUUUUGCACACUCAUUUUCAGAUGUGUGAAUACUUCAGCAGAUAUGCACUAAGUACAUAUUUUGAUGACAGUUCAUGUUUACAAUACAGUCUAAGUCUACUUAUUAAGUGUCAAUUAUACCUCACAGAAAUGUGUUGCUGUAGCUGCUCAAAUGUAGAUUAAUUUAGUUUCAUUUGGACCCCGGUAAUGUUUAUAUAUUUACGAAGCCAAUGCACGUAUAUUCUCUGUCCUAGGUUAUUGAUGGGUGAUGAGAAGACCCGCAUUGCAUUACAAUGAGAGGGAGGGGACCUGUCCUUAUGUGUUUUUACUACUUUGACACCAUCUGGUUUUUAACUGGGUCACACUGUCUCUCUUUCUCUCUCUCUCUCUCUCUCUCUCUCUCUCUCUCUCUCUCUCUCUCUCUCUCAUUGAAAUCAAUUGUAUAUUUUACCCUGAAAUUCACUGCAACAAAUGCACACUGAGUGCAUAUAAAGUUUAUUUAUAUUACUCUUAAGAUACUGUAAAAAAUGACCUCUCAAAUCUUUUAGUUGGUGUCACCUUAUAUACUGUCUUACAUACAAGUUUAUAACAGACUAUUAUGUGUCAAAAUAAAAUAUUUUCUGAUACAUUUUUUAUAUAAAAGUAUUAAGGCGGUUGAAGAAAAAUAUGAACAUCAGACUUGCAGACCUCUACAUUUGGUGUGUUCAAAGGGAAAAUCCUGUUUACUUCAACAAGUGAGUGCUUUAAUUACAGCAAUAUCAAGACUUAUGAACCCUUUUAUCACAUUUCAGAUCAAAGGUCAAAAUACAUAUUGCAACCCCUACAACACUUUAACUCAGUGAAAAGAAAGAAAGCCCACAUAGCCAAACUGAUAAGCAAACAUAAUAGUCUGGACUUUAAAGCAGAAAGUGUAAACUUCGAAUGUGAAAUGUAUUAUGUACCUUUGAUAUGUGAUAAUAAAUAUAUAUAUGCUGCUUGCUGA